GGGAUUUUGUCGAACACUUCCGGGUCGAAUGGAAGCCGGUCUGGAAGUUUCUAGUGCGGGCGCUGGUGUGUAGGUAUCGCAUGUAGCUGAAGUGAAGUCGGAAAUGGAUAACGAGGAGUCUGCAGGAUGUGCGAGCCCACAGAAUCCCUCACACAGCGAGGAGAAUACAGAGGAACCUGCAGAGGAAUUCUUGCUGUCUCUUGGUGGCAGUGAAGUGAAAAGCAGGGCCAUUGUGAAAUAUUCCUCUGCCCCACCUUCUACAUUUGCCCGCCUUCAGGAGAAGACAGAUUUAAAGCUUCCACCGGCCAACUGGCUAAGGGAAAAUGCCAAUCUUGGACCCGCCAUCCAAAGCAGCAGCAAAAGCAAGCCAUUUUCGAGCUUUGGCAUGGCAUAUGAUUUUAUCGACACAGUUGGAAAGGAGGUGGAUGUUGUGGCUGAUUCAGAGAACAUAAAGAAACUGCUGAAGAUCCCAUAUAGCAAGUCUCAUGUGAGUAUGGCUGUUCACCGCAUUGGGAGGACGUUGCUUCUGGAUGAACUGGACAUUCAGGAGCUCUUCAUGAGAUCCUCUCAGACAGGAGACUGGACAUGGCUAAAAGAGUUCUAUCAGCGUCUGAUGGAUCAAAAGUGGCAAAGGAAAAAGAAGAGUAAAGAGCAUUGGUACCAGAAGGCUAUUCUCUCCAAGUUCUUAUACUACAGUAUCAAUGGAGAUGAUACCGCAGAACCAGUUCCGUCAGCUCCAAAUGAGCCCAGAGAAGCUCAAGAUCUUGGAGGGCAAACCAGCCGUGAACAUGUUGCAUGGCCAGCCCCAUUUGAAACACUUUCCUCUGUAUCAGAUGAUGGGGGAGCUUCCAAUCAGGGACUUAAAAAUGACUUUGUCAGAAAUAUCCUUUGGACGUUUGAAGAUAUUCACAUGCUGGUAGGCUCCAAUAUGCCUAUCUUUGGUGGUGGUCGGUAUCCUGCUGUAAGCUUGCGCCUCAGGGACAACAAUAAGCCAAUCAAUGUGCUGACUGGUAUUGAUUAUUGGUUGGACAAUCUGAUCUGUAAUGUCCCUGAACUUGUGAUGUGUUUCCAUGUGAACGGGAUUGUACAGAAAUAUGAAAUGAUCAAGACAGAAGAUAUCCCAAAUCUGGAGAACUCAAAUUUUUCGACUACAGUUAUUAAAGACAUUGCACAGAAUAUUUUAUCGUUUUUGAAGUCUAAUUGCACAAAAGAAGGGCACACCUACUGGCUUUUUAAGGCUAGUGGCAGUGACAUAGUAAAGCUCUAUGAUCUAACGACUCUUUGUGAGGAAACUGAGGAUAAAUACCAAAACCCGUUCACCAUGCCCGUGGCCAUUCUUCUUUACAAGGUGGCUUGUAACAUGAUGAUAAAGAAAACCCAAAACAGGAAGCACUACGGAACCAUCCGAACAUUGUUAUUAAACUGCCUGAAGUUAGUGGACAAGGGGAGGCACCCACAAAUUAUUGCAUCAGCCAAUUACAUGCUUUCAGAACUUUUCCAACUGGACGAGCCAAAGAAAGAAGAAAGUGGGGAUGUCCCGUCCAAUGGCAACUCGGAUGAAAGCUAUAGUGAAGAGGAGGAGGAAGAAAUGGCCGACAGCGACGAAACGGUCUCUUACAACUCCACGUCGGAAAUUACAGAGGACUCCAAAGCCAUCGCUGUCAUUAAAUCAGUCAGGGAAUUAUCUGUGCCAGAGAAAUAUAAAUCCACCCAUCAGAUACGGUCUAGCUGCACAUUCCCAGUUUGCAGUGACACUGAGGAACGCUGCCGAUUAGUGCUCAGUUACGUUUUAGAGGGGUUAAAAUGUGUUGACAGCAGUGUGAAGAAGGACGGGGAGCUCCCAGCUGCCGAUCCGAGUACUCCUAUCCCACUGAAAUAUGAGGACGAUUCAGCCGACAGGCCCGAGUGCGUGGAAAAGCAAAUGGAGUUAUUUCUCCAUAAAAUGGGAUUGUCAGAGAAUAAGUGCUCCAGCCUAUUUGGGAUUGUUCCGGGUGCCUGGCAGUUCAAAAUAAAGCUCCAGCUAAUACUGAAAGCCUCAAAAGCAUAUUACGUGCUCUCGGAUGCAGCAGUGAGCCUACAGAAAUAUGGCAGAGCACUGAGAUACAUCAAGCUGGCAUUACAGUGUCACGAUGCCUACAGUGGCCUAUGCACCAGCAUUGUGCCCGAUGUGAUGCUCCUUCUCUGUCAGUACCUCACUCUAUGCGGGGACGUCCAGUUAAUGCUGGCCCAGAAUGCAAGCAACCGCGCUGCCUAUUAUGAAGAGUAUAGUUACCAAACCCGAGAUGACCAGGAAAUCCUGCAUAGUCUUCAAAGGGAAUCCAGCUGCCAAGGUUUUUCAUGGGCCACUGAUCUGAUCAAUGACCUGGGUUGCCAGCUCUCCGUUAGUUGCAGAUGCUAUGAAUCAGCCAGUGAAAUUCUGACGUUCACAAACCCGCAGAUCCAGAACCCAGAACAGAGCACGCAGGUCCUGAAACGCCUUGGGAAUAUCCGGAACGAAAUCGGAGUGUUUUAUAUGAAUCAAGCAGCUGCUUUGCAGUCAGAGAGAUUAGGAAAUAAAAGCGUCUCCAGCGCAGAACAAGACUUACUGCAGAAGAGCUUCUCUAGCUUUGAGAAAGGAAUCUCCAACUUUGAUUCAAUUAAGGACUUGACCAAUAUUGCCCUCUUACUGUGCAACAUGGGCCGCUUAAUGCGGAUUUGUGCUCAGGCUCAUUCUAGCAGCGGAACUGAUGUCAGCAGAGGGGAAUUCUCUUCAGAUGAGGCUCAUUACUAUAAUAAGGCUGUUGAAUACUAUCACAACGCUUUAAAGGCUUUAGAUAAAAGAGAAACCCAUCAGGCCGUGUGGGACUCUGUUUACUGGGAGCUGUCAACGACCUAUUUUACCAUGGCCACCUUGCUCCAGGAUUAUGCCCCUCUCUCGAGAAAAGCCCAAGAACAGAUUGAGAAAAAAGUAACGGAAGCCAUGAUGAAGUCCCUGCAGUACUGUGAUGUUGACACUGUGUGUGCGAGACAACCACUGUGCCAGUACAGAGCAGCAACCAUUCAUCACCGGCUGGCCUCCAUGUAUCACAGCUGCUUAAGGAACCAGGUGGGUGACGAACACUUAAGGAAACAGCACCGGGGCCAGGCGGAUCUGCAUUACAGUAAAGCCGUAAAACUUUUCCAGUUCCUAAAGGACGCUCCAUGUGAGCUGUUGCGGGUGCAGCUGGAGAGAGUUGCCUUUGCCGAAUUUCAGAUGUCAAGUCAGAACAGCAGCGCUGGGAAGCAGAAGACUCUGUGUGGAGCUCUGGAUAUCAUGAUAAAAACCCGAUGUGCGUUGGUCGUUAUUCACAAGGAGCUGCUGUCCGAGUCUGACCAGGGGUGUGCACAUGGAAGCGUGGCAUCAGAGGAUUCCUCGGCUAAUCUCGGCAAGGAGGAAAUACUCAAACUGGUCAAUAUAUUUGAGUCCCGUCUGUCAUUCCUCCUCCUGCAGUUUGUGAAACUUCUCAGCGCAUCAAAGAAGAAAAACAGUGUCCCCGAGGAGGAGGCAUCUCUGAGAACAUACAAGCAAGUUUACUCCAAUCUGUUACGGGCUACGACCAACACAAGCGCAACCCUGAGCGAGCGCCUCAGCCUUCUAAUACAUUUACUGGAUCAGCUGACACCUCCGUGACGCCUCGUUGUUUCCCAGUGUGCCUUGUUAAUCCCGGGAUUAGCCGCGGAACGCAACCCGAAACAAAAUAUGCAACGUGCUGCUGUGUAAAUAAAAACGGACGUUUGAAAGACAAUAAGGCUGUUAUUGAAGAGCGUGAGAGAUGCCAUACUGAUGUACAGGUUGGAUCUGAGCGAGUGAAGCCAGACGAUGUUGAUUGUGUUGCACAGAAACGGUCUGGUCAAAAUGCCAAAAGUUUCCCAGGUAGAAGUUCAUGGGCUGCUGUUCUCUCCUUUUUGUACUUGCCCUUUAUAUUUGUUCCAUUGAAACAAUAAGGGGUGAAUGUAUAAUCACAUUUUAUUAGGGAUGCACCGAAUCCAGGAUUCGGUUCGGGAUUCAGCCAGGUUUCUGCCUUUUUCAGCAGGAUUCGGCCAAAUCCUUCUGCUCGGUCGAACCGAAUCCUAAUUUGCAUAUGCAAAUUGGGGACAGGCAGGGAAAUCGCGUGACUUUUUGUCACAAAGGAAGUAAAAAAUGUUUUCAUCGUCCCGCCCCUAAUUUGCAUAUGCAAAUUCGGAAUCGGCCAAAUCUUUCACAAAGGAUUCGGGGGUUCGGCCCAAUCCAAAAUAUUGGAUUUGGUGCAGCCCUACAUUUUAUAGACUCGGCCAUUGUCCGUGCCUUACUGGCUAUCACCGUGCUUCCCUCCUGAUGUUUUAUUUCCCCUUAGCAUAGACGCAAAGAUCCUAUAAUACGAAUCGAGGAUUCGUACGAUUUUCGGACCGUGUGUGGAGAGUCCCGACAUUUUUCGUCUGGCGUAGAUCGGUCGUUUGGUCGAAUCGUAAUCUGAUCGUCCGGCCAUAGGGCCGAACGUUCAGAUUACCCCCGUUAUAGCCAUGCCCGUUAGUGGCAUAUCGGGGAAAGAUCGGCUCCUUUGGCGAUGGCGCCAAAAGAGCGGAUCUUUUUGUCUAUGGCCACCUUUAGUUUGGUUCACUGUUUUAUUAUUAUAGAGAAAAGGGAAAUAACAGCCUUUCUGUAAUUGACUUUUCCAGAUAAUGGGUUUCCAAAAAAAAAAAAAAAAAAAAGAAUUCCACACCUGUACUGGUUCAAUGUUUUGUUAUUUGACCAUCUCCCUCCCCCCGUGGAUGGCUGUGUCUCAGGCUUACAGAUGAGGAGGUUAUUAUAUUGGGUAUUUAAUGGUGGCUUUCCAUUUGAUUAAGUAUGUUCUUCUCCUCCCACCAAAAAAACCAGGUUGGAAAGGUCCUUUUAAUUUCACUGUUCUACACAGAACUCCGCAAGGUUCAAAUAGUUCAACUAUCAACAUUUCUUUUAGAUCAAAAGUAGCAAUUGACCAAUUGUGCAUCACAUGGGAGAAUGGGCUGUACGUCUUAAAGGGAAAGAGCAGGGGUGGGAAACAUUGGGAAAAGAAGAAUGGGGGAGGAAUAUAAGGAAAAGUGGAGGAGGAAUCGAGCAUGGGUGGAAAGCAUAAGUAAAAGGGGUGGAGCAAUGGAUUUUGGGUUGAAUUCAUAAGGGAAAUGGGAGGAGGAGAAUAAAUAGAAGAAUAGAAUAGAGUGUGGGUGGAAAGCAUAAGGAAAAGGGGUGGAGCAAUGGAUUUUGGGUUGAAUUCAUAAGGAAAAUGGGAGGAGGAGAAUAAAUAGAAGAAUAGACUGUGGGUGGUAAGCAUAAGUAAAAGGGGUGGUGCAAUGGAUUUUGGGUUGAACUCAUAAGGGAAAUGGGAGGAGGAGGAGGAGGGGAAUAAAUAGAAGAAUAGAGUGUGGGUGGAAAGCAUAAGGAAAAGGGGAGGAGGAAAAGAUCAUGGGCGGGAUUAUAAUGAAAAUGGUAGGAGGAAAAUGGGGAGAUGAAAAGAGCUUGAGUGGAAUAUAUAAGGGAAGAAGAGAGUGUGGGGAGAAUCAUAAGGAAAGUGAAGGUGGAAGAGAGUUCUCAUUAUAUUCCAGGUCAUGUUUCCUUUAAAUGGGAAAUUUACCAGGUUACUAUGAUUUUCUCCCCCCCCCCCCAUAAAGGGCCAAUAAUGUAGCAGGGACUUGCACAUCGUCUGCUGCUGAUCCCCCCGUGAGCCCAGGAUGGGGGGUAAAAUACUUUGUGACUUUUCUCUACUCUGAAAUGUGAAAAUAUUUGUAAUUAUUUAAAAUAAAACACUGUAUUCCUGA